GAGAACUUACCAACUACAAGGUCUGUUAAUUAUAUUAGCUUGUUUCAUCCUUGGUUGAGAUCUAAGAAAAGAACAACUUUGAUGUUGAAUCCCGGAUCGACAUGGAAACUGGCUUGCAUAUCAAGGAGGCGCUCCAACUGCAGCUAGAUGCCCAGAGACGUCUUCAUGAACAAUUAGAGAUUCAACGAAAUUUACAGCUGCGAAUUGAAGAACAAGGGAAGCAGCUCAAGAAGAUGUUUGAUCUGCAACAAAAAACAAGUAAUGACCUGUUUAAGACUCAGAACUUGGACAUCACAUGCCAUGAAGAUGCCCCAUCAGAUAGUCUAAAUGCCAUUCAGGUCUCAAGCCCUGAAGAUUCUGGGAAUAGCAAUUUCCCAUCCAAGAUAAGUUAGUCCAAAAAAGUAAAAUUUUCAGGCAUCUCAGACAUAAGUGCUCAUUUGGUUAAAAAGUCCCAAACCAACAAAGCUCAGUCCCUUAACAGAAUCAAGAACACCUCAAAUGCUACUAUACUGGGUAAGAAAGAAAAGGAGAACAAGAAGAUGAGAUCAAUUAAAAAGGAUAUGAUCCUAUAGAAUGACAUGACUCUUGUUAUUUUCAUAAAGCUUAUUGUGUGGCAGUAUUGUAACAAUGGCUUAUUGUUACCCUCAAA